CCGCAAUGUUGGUAGCACACUGACGUUUCAGUCGGGGCUAAAGUCAAUCAUUCUCGAGCACGAUUGUAAAUAAUUCCACAAUGGCAGGCUUUUCAAGCACAAUUUACAACGCCGUUUUCAAAAGAACCUCAACUUUUGCUUUAGCAUGUGUCUGCGCCACGUUUUUCUUUGAACGAACGUUCGACUUGGGCUCGGACUACCUGUUUGAAAAGGUCAACGAAGGGAAACUAUGGAAGCACAUCAAACACAAUUACGAAAAAUAAAUUGUAAAUAUUUAUUAAAUAAAUUGUAGUUAUUCAGUUA